AUGGAAGCCAAAAGACUGUACAAGAAAAAGCUCAGUAGCCAGGCUCAUAUGAACGGCUUGGCUUUCAAGCACGCCAUUGUGUGUUCCAUCGAGCUUGAAGCACGCCGAAUCGCUGCGAUUCAGGGAGAGAAGAAGGCGGCGGAAAAGCGUCUAUCGCGGGAGGUUGAGCAGCAGAGCGACUGUAUGCCUGAGAGAUGGGCUGAAGGUGUGAGUGAGUGCGAGCCUCAGGAGAAGUAUCCGUCUACUGAUAAGGCAGCAACGGCGAGGGCGUCAUCAAAGCUUAAACAAGCGCCAGUGGUGUACAUCCGUAUCAUGGGCAAAGUUGGAACUGGCAGUCUCCUCUGCCGCCCUAUGUGGGAUUAA